UAGGCAUUAUUAGACACAAUUUAAACGCAACCAUGAUGAAAUUCUUCGUUUUCCUUACCCUCGCCGCUUUGGCUAGCGCUGAAUUGGUCCGUGUACCAGUUCGCCGCCAAGAAAACUUCCAAAAAUCCUUUGCCAACGUCAAGGCUGAAUUGUCGGUUUUGCGCAGCAAAUAUGGCUUGCCCACUCCCCGUGACUAUGUUGAAGAAGAUUUGUCCAACACCAUGAACAUGGAAUACUACGGCACCAUCACCAUCGGUACCCCACCCCAACAAUUUGAAGUUUUGUUCGAUUCUGGCUCCUCCAACUUGUGGGUGCCCUCCUCCAACUGCUAUGCCAACAACACCGCCUGCCAAAACCACAACAAAUACGACUCAUCUGCCUCCUCCACCUAUGUUGCCAAUGGUGAAUCUUUCUCCAUCCAAUACGGUUCUGGCAGUUUGACCGGCUACUUGUCCACCGAUACCGUCAUCGUCAACGGUUUGACCAUCGAAUCCCAAACCUUUGCUGAAGCCAUGGCUGAGCCCGGCACCAGCUUUGUUGACUCCAGCUUCGAUGGUAUCCUCGGUAUGGCCUACCAAACCAUUGCCGUCGACAAUGUCGUCCCUCCCUUCUACAACAUGUUCGCUCAAGGUUUGGUUGAUUCCGAUGUCUUCUCCUUCUAUUUGACCCGUGGUGGUACCUCCGACCAAGGUGGUGAAUUGAUCUUGGGUGGUGUUGACUCUUCUUUGUACUCCGGUGAUAUCACCUAUGUCGAUGUUUCCGAACAAGGCUACUGGCAAUUCGAAAUGACUAGCGCUGAUAUCUCUGGCAACAAUGUCUGCUCCAACUGCCAAGCUAUUGCCGAUACUGGCACCUCUUUGAUCGUCGUUCCCGAAGAUGCCUACUUCACCAUCAACGAAGCCAUUGGUGGCAGUGAAAAUGAUGAAGGUCAAUUCUUUGUUGACUGCUCCACCGUUUCCUCCUUGCCCAACUUGGACCUUACCAUUGGCGGCACCGUCUUCACCUUGACCCCCGAUAUGUACAUCGUCAACCUUAACGAAGAUGGCACCACCUACUGUAUGUCUGCCUUCACCUACAUGGGUACCGAUUUCUGGAUCUUGGGUGAUGUAUUCAUUGGUCCCUACUACACCGUUUUCGAUUUGGGUAACAACCGUGUUGGUUUUGCUCCAAUUGCCUAAAUUCGAUGUUUUUCAUAAGGAAAAAAUA